GCAAAUCAUUAUGGUGCCUUCAACGCAAAGACAAUAAAUGAAACGCUUGCAGCGUAAAACGUAAUGAAUAUAAUGAAUAUAGCAAUGAGUAUUUCAUAAAGUAUCAGUAUAUUCCACAAAUUGUGCUCAAUCGUCUUAAUUUACUUUUGUGUAUUUUUUAAAUGGCUGCAGAAAACCACUUCACGUUUUGACCCACCUGGUAGUAUGUUAAGUGCCUUGUUUUACACCAGCUUGAGAGUUUGGCAUUUCUCGCGAGUGACAGUGGUCGCAAAUUGCAUUUGCGACCCGGACAUGUUUGACGCUGUCAAAUCCUAUGUGCUAGUAUACGGAUGCCCUCAGGCUGGCAUAAACAGUCAGCUCGUAGAACUGCUUAGACGAAUCGCAGCACUAUCUUCUUCUCGCCUGCUGAUAAACGGACGCAUGACGGCAUCUUUUCCCAUCGAAAGAUCUGUGAGACAAGGAGAUCCAAUCUCGAUGCAUUUAUUUGUGUUGUAUCUACAUCCUCUGUUGGUUUCGCUUGAGCGUGUGUGCGAUAACGACUUGAUAGUGGCCUAUGCGGACGAUAUCAGCGUUGUCGUCACAUCUGUGAGAAAAAUUGAACAAAUGCUUGAUUUGUUUCGUCGGUUUGGGAGAGUAUUGGGCGCUGUGCUCAACCUGAAUAAAACGACGUCGAUUAAUGUCGGCUUCGUGAAUGAAAAUACGAUUCAAGUGGACUGGUUGAGAACGGAGGACAGUAUCAAAAUUCUGGGCGUUAUCUUUGCUAACUCGCUACGAAUUAUGAUCAAUCUUAAUUGGAAUACGUUGAUAGGCAAAAUAGCUCACCAGGUACGGCUACAUUCUUUGCGCUCGCUCACUCUUCAUCAGAAGGUGAUACUCCUCAACACCUUCGUUACUUCUAAAGUAUGGUAUCUGUCAUCGAUUCUGCCAUUGUACAAUAUGCAUUCAGCAAAAAUAACUGCCACUAUGGGGAUACUACUAUGGAACAGACAUCCAGCACGCGUUCCGAUGCAACAGUUGGCAAGACCACGGAAACAAGGAGGGCUGAACCUACAGCUACCAGCGCUAAAGUGUAAAGCACUACUAAUCAAUCGCCAACUUCAAGAGAUUGGUUCCACUCCUUACUAUGCCUCCUUCAUAACUCAAGCAAAUCCCCGCCUUCCCCCACCGAACCUUCCCUGCCUAAAAACUUUCCUGCAAACAUUUCCACGUUUGCCUCCCCAGAUUCAACUGAAUCCUUCCUCCGAUCAAAUUCACCGUUUGUUUAUCGAUCAGACAGCCAAGCCAAGAGUGGAAUUACGGCAUCCCACAGUGAAUUGGAUGCGCGUGUGGAUCAAUAUUGGAAGCAACAAACUGACUUCAGCCCAGCGUAGUAAUUGGUAUCUAUUAGUAAACGGAAAAAUGGAGCAUCGUGUUCUGUGGCACACAAUUGGACGAGUUGAUAACGAACAAUGCCUGCACUGCAACGCUGCACGUGAAACACUCAAACACAAACUGAGUGAAUGUCCACGAGUAUCAGCGGCAUGGACGCUUCUUCAAAGAAAAGUAGCAGCGACACUUAACGGCAGCAGGAGACUUAUAUUCGACGAUUUAAUACAACCUAUUUUAGGAGAGUAUACAAACGUUAAAUAUUGUCUUAGCUGAGCGAUAUAUAG